AUGAGAUGUGACGAGCUUUUGUCGACGCUUCCUGUUGGUAUGAAAGAUGCUUAUGCGAAGGCACGUGAGGAUUUUACGUUUGAGGCAGUCGACUAUGAUUCUGAUGUCACACACGAAGCCGAGGGAUUAAAGGAAGACCUCCGCUCUACUGUUCUCGGUAAGGUUGCUGACUCUUUGCUUAUAGCGUUGCCGUCGGUGCCUUGUGAUACAGCACCAGUGUGCCAAGAGAUUGCGACUAUUCCCAAGGCAGCAUUCCAGUGUCUUAGCAAUCAUGAUUUCGUAGUGCGUCUAUCCGGUCGAGAACAGUGGGAGGACUAUGUCCAGCUUCAUAAGAUCACUGGCUUUGUUACACUAGCGGGUCCGUUCGACUUUGAAGGGGUUAUUUAUACGCUGAUAGCGGCACCGUACCGGGCAGGAGCAGUGCUGUUGGAUUGGCCCAAAGUCUACCAGCGAGUGUACCUCUGUUGUAAUUCGGAUUGUUGCCGUCUCACUAUGCGUGGGGCGGAUCUGAACGGCUCUGAAGACUCUGACUUGAUAGUUCAUGAUGGAAUAACUCAGAAGAUGGGGGAAGUGUCGGCACAUGCACUCAGAUGCGGCCUUGGUGAGUUUUGUGCCAAUCUCGACUCAGAGGCUCCCUGCUCUCAAUAUUUCCACCAGGCCAUUGCUCUUUUAAUAAUUGAUAUUAGUGAGGUGAAUGAAUAA